CAUUUCCUGCAUCGUGCCCCCCCUCUUUCACAUCUCCAAACCUGGAGCGAUGGCCACCCACAGAGCAAGGGGUAGGGACCAGCCCGGACAGGCUCCGUAAUGAGUGAUAUUUCUUUUGGGUUGCCCCGUUCGUUCUUAGCAGCCACGCUGCCUUCUGAGCACACAUGGAUGUAGGUGAUAGUGCCGGCGUUAGCACAUCCAUCGGCUCCUUUGGAGGAGGCGCCGUUUGUGUUGAAACACGAAACACAAAAUUGGACGCCAAAAGUGCCACCCCGCCCUAGCCGGGCAUCCAAGCACCGCACCUUCCAUUCGACGACAGACGCCCAUCGUGGCCAGGCCGACUGGCAGCCAAGGCCGACUACCAACGGCCAGGCGCCCACGUACCCACACCCACCACCCAGCGUGCCAGCCCAGGCCUGCAAGCAUGGCCGGGUCGGAGAACAGCAAAUAAAUGGAGCUGAAGCAACACUGCCCCAUCAAGCACCAGGACCGGGGGUUGUCCCUCCUCGCCUAUCAUAUUUGGGAUUAGGCUGUGCCAGUGGGACUGGCAUCUAUCGGACGUGGGCGAUCAGCCGCACGCUAGAUGUAGGCCAGCGAGAACAAGACCGGGUCGGGGGCGUGGCACCCCAGCCCAAAAUGAGAGGAGAGGAGGGGGACAUGGGAACAAACGCGGUAGCGGGUGGCGUCUGGUUCUUUUCGGAUCGAGAAACAGGAUACCACCCCCCCCUAGCUCAGGCGGUUAUGUACGACAGCCGCGCCCGCCAUCAGCCGCCGUCGCCCUCUCUUUUCGCCUUCUUGCUUCUUUUUUUGCGCUCUUUUCGUUUGCCUUCGAUAAUCUAGAGAGGGCAGGCCUUGGCGGCAUAAUGGAUGAGCUGCUUCUUGCACUUGUGCUCAAGAGUGGCUGAAUCGCUACCCCGUCAAACCAUUCUCUUCUCCGGCCCCACGCUUGGAGCUGCUGUCUUAGUUGUGUCUGGUUUUCCUGUUGCGUGUCUUGUCUUCUUGCUUGUCGUUUUCUUUCCCCUCCUUGCUUGUCGCCAAAACCCAGUCCGCCGCAAUGUCCGCCGGACGCUGCACCACGAUACCCAGGGCGUUUUCCUAUAUUCUCCCCAUACAGAGCUUGGUCACGGGAGCAGUUGUCUAUGGAAUCAUCUAUAUCUUCACCUUCCGAAGCCUCGUCUUUAUACUCGGCGUAGUUGCGACGGGACUUCAAUUCUUCCUGGGCAUCUACUGCUGUUUGUUGGGUGCAAAAUCCGGCAUAUAUCACAGAUUCAUCAUUCCAACAUGGCUCGUCGCACUUGCGGGAAUAUGGAUUGCACCUCUUUAUUAUCUCACUGCCGAGCUCGACAGUGAACUCAAACUGAAGGAGGCUCUGGGUUCCCUCACUUAUGCCAAUCGCUUCCCGAACGAAAGCGACGCCCGAAUCAUCUGGAGGGCUGUGGGAGUAGCAGGUUCGGCCGUGAACUGCUUUAUCGACCUGAUACUUCUCGCCAUCUUCAUCGUCAUCGGGCUGAGGAGCCCUCCUCACCACGGCUUCAACCCAAAUCCGGCGACAGCGCCGAACACGGCGCAUGUGCACGCACAGCCGUUCGCCCCGGCCGGCUCGUCGACGUUUUACCAAUCGCCGCCCUCCACGACGGCCUUCGGUCAUGCGCCGAGCACCUCGGGACCUUCGCAGGGCUACCACAGCCAGCCCUCGCCCCUGAGCUCCGCGGAGCCCUCACCGAGCGCCGUCAACACCUACCACCAGCAGCUCCAGCACCUUCAGCAGCAGCAGUUCGCGCAGCAGCCCGACACGAGCUCGAGCCCGGCCCUCAGCAGCACCGACGGCAAACACUCGACCAUAAUCUCGACGGUGCCGCAGCCACAUCAACACGCUCAACACCAGCAACAGCCGUACAGCGCCGGCGGCUACGACCCACAGAACCGAAUCGAGAUCUUGCGGCGCCUCGUCAGCCUCCAGGCCGCUGACGGCCACUGGGAUUGGUCGCAGGACCUGCACGAGGUUCUGAGAAUCUGCGGCCGCGACGUUACAGAUGCUUCCCCCGUGGGCAUGACGUCCAUCGCAAACGCGCUGACGGUGGACAUUUGCCAAUAUGUCUGGACCGCACAACGGGAGGGCCGUGAGCACACGGCCCUGACUGCAGCAGAAAUGAUAACGCUUCAGGGUAUGAACUGGGACUUGGGCUGGGCUCAGCGAUGCACCGACAUGGCGGCGGUUUGGCUUUUAGCAUCAAGACGAGUCUCGGGUGGGGCAUGAAGUGUACUGUUUUUUUGUUUGGUGACUUCGUCUUCUUUUGCCCUUAUUCCUCUGGCUGGAUCCAUGGUUGCGAGACCGGCCUUUUUGUAGUACCUCGGGAGCUGUUGGUGGCUGCUGGGGGUUUCGUUCUCGCUUUCCUUCAUCCCUCGAAUUGGCCUCUUGUUGGGCUCGAGGAAACCGAUGGUUCUGUGGUUCCUAGUGGCCACUUUGAAAAAAAUCCUUGCUGUGGUUGCUUCUCCCGGCUUCGUGAGACGGGUAUAUUGUAAAUUAUAAUGCCUAUCAUUUUGUCCAGAUGCAAAUCCUGGUGCUUCUUCGCUGGCACUCCGGGUACCUCUGGACGGUGGUUAUGAGAAGAAGCUUUUCCCCAUUAGUAAUUCGUAAUACGCCUUUUGGUCCAUUUCAC